AGCUUGGGCUCUUGGAUCUUGGUGAAACCCAAAACUCAGCCAGCUCUGAGUCCUGGAUGAGGAUAUGUUUGUUUGCUUCGUGUGUCGUGUGCUGUGGGGAAUUUUAUAGGACUGUAACAGGACUGUACAUAGAUAAAAGCUCUCAGAAAACCAGACCCUGUGGCAACUCUUGGCUCUCGCUUGUAUUUCCUCUGAGUAUCUUGGCCAAGGAGAAGAGAAAAAUAGGAAUGCACGGAGAGAUGAAACAGUGAUCUUUCUUUACUUGCUGUGUGAUACUGGUCGCCAGCACCACAAUGGGCAAUGAGAACAGCAGUGCAGAAAACCAGUUAGAAGUUCCCAGCGCAAAUAAAGUCAUCCUUAUGCCACCAAACCAAGGAGCACAGCAGAGCACUCCACAAGACUCAGAAUUAGGCCAGACCCCUGGUAAUGGGCACGGUUUACAAAGGAGCCCUCAGGAAAACAGCACAGAAAGAUCUGGAGGUCAGGACAUCUCAGGUCUUCUUCCUGCUGCUCUGCAACUGGCUGAGAGUCCAUCCCCGUCCCUUCCAGCACCCGCAAGCAUCAGUAAUGAAGGCACCAGUAGCUACAGCGCUGAAGAUUUAUCCAAUCCAAUUUCAAGCGUGGUGUCUUCAGAGGUGACAGGACAGAACAGGAUCUUUCAAGAACACGGAGGACAAGUGAGCUCUAAUAACUUAAACCAGGCAACUGAAGCAAGAGGGGGAAGUCUGCCUGCCCCGGUGCCUUCAGCACACCGUGCCAAAGAACACGUCACAGCAGAUCUCACCAGCAGCAAUGACAAGUUACUAACCUCGAAUUGCGAUGAAGCAGUGCCAUCCCCAGGUCCAGCGGACAACAAAGAAGAAGGAACAGCACACGCCGUACCUGUGGACAGAGGCCCAAAAUGUGACUACAUUGCUGCAGCUUGUAAGGAAAACAGUGAGAAUGAUCCCAGAAACCCACGCCUGGAGCCCAGCCCUCCUGUGGCAUUUACCGAAAUGCAAGGCGCUGCGCAAAUGAAUUUGAGUGAAUUAGGAUCGCUUUGGCAGGGUGACCAGCUGGGUGACAUGAGGGAAGCCCAGGGCAGCACAUUUCCCCAGGGUAAAGAAGCAGGAGAUUAUUUUACUGCUCAGGAGAGAGCAGUUUUGGAAGUAGGUCAGCCUCAAACUGUAAUGCAGCAAGGUAGACAGAACACAGAUGGUGGAGAGGGUGUGCUAAUGAAAAAGGAAACCUUAAUCCUAAAUUAUCCAGCAACAGGAGGCUCAGACAGUGAAAAAUUUGGAGCAAUUGUGAAUGUUCAGGGCUUCACUGAGAUCAGUGAAGUCUGUAAUCUACAGAUGGGGGCUGUAACAACGGCUAAAGGGGGUGAGGCAAACCCAGCUCUAUCUGGAAGCAAAGGGGAGCAGUCAGAAGCCUGUACUUUAAUGUCAGAGUUGCCUUCUAACCCUCCAAAUCCCCCUUCGAGGGAAUAUGUGCCUGGAAAUGACUCUCAAGAUGCAGUGAGGAGUGAAGCAGUGAAAACAGCCUCUGAAAAAAACAAACCUGUUUUUCAAAGGGAGCUUCAAAAGGAGGCUGAGCUUGUUAGUGCUGAGCUUUUCAGUGUGCCUUUAUCAUUUAAGCGAGAAGAAGAACAAAAAUCGGCUGUCACGACUGAAAGCCCAAAAGAUGAAGCCGGUAGCAAUGAAAUUAUAAAAGCUGAUGAUGUGUCUAGAGAAAGCACCACACUUUCUGAAACAGAAAGCAUUAUCAGUCCCACCAAGGAAAAUUCCCUGGUAGAUAAAAGAUUAUUACUGGAAGAAUAUGCAUUAAAUACUUCUCUGAGCGGAUCCACAGAGCCGAAUCAAAAAGAAACUGAGGCAAGUCUAAUAGGAGAGAAAAACAAAAUCCGAACAGAAGAGGCACAAGUGAUAGAAACCAGUGAAUUACCUGAGGGGUCAAGUGGGGCAGAAAGGCAACUAUUGAAUUCUGUUAGUAGCCAUGACCAGGACACAGAAAGUACCUACUUGAAAUACUGUCCUGAAGAAUUCAGUCUUUGUGAAAAGACUUCAACAGGUGACCUAUGGGAAGAAGCUGGAGGAAAGCCUCUGAAUUUACACAGUAACUUUAAAUCACCCAAAGGCAAAGCACAGUCUCUUGGUUGUGAACCUGAACAACACAUGAGUAAAGAGAAAACAGCUGCCAGAGGUGACCUGGAGAAUAAGCUCAUGGGUUCACCACAGUUUCCAAGGGAAGAAUGUCUGCUUAGUUUUGAUUGCUUUAAUACUGAGGCAGAAGACAAAACUCCAGGCCAGCCAGGCUGUAGCGGGGCUGAAAAGGUUUGUUUAGCCAGUGCACACAGUUCACUGCUCCUCCACCCUCAGAACAAUAAUAUUAAGCAGAGUAAGCAGGAUGAACCCUGGGAAAAGGCUUUUGCUAGAGAAACUGUGUUAGAAUCUGAAUGCAAAUCGGAGAGUCGAGAAAAAACAGAGACCCACAGCAAGUUAGAAGAGAGUGCAAAAAUGUCCACAUCAAAACUUGAGCUCCAGGGCUUGAAUGGGUUGGCAGGGACUGAGAGUCGUGUGGCUUUGCAAACUGAGGCGACCUCACAGGUUUCAGAAAGCAAAGACGUUGCUGAUGUGCCUUGCAGGGAUCCAGAGCAAGGACCAGGCAGUGCUAUGGAUGGUAAAGAAAAUGAGGAUGUUCAACAGGAGAAGCACCCAACUGCAUCGAAAAGUUUAGUGGUGGACACAGGUUUGGCACUGAAAAGUGAGUGUGAAUCAGAUGUGGCGAUGGAAGCUACGCUGGAGCAAGUGGCUACAGAAGGUCACAGAAACAUGGCAAUGGCUUGUUCAGAAACCUCCCAAGCUGUGCUCAGUACUUCAGAUCUCACUCCUCAGCAAGUUCAUGAGGAGGACGGGGGUGACACAUGUGGCUCCUCGGGGGCCCUGGGGUGCAGCAUCGGAGAGCUGCAGGAAAAUGCAGAUGUUCCAGCUGCUCUUCCCCAAGCGGAGCAAAUGGAGAAGUCAAUGCCUGUUGCUGGCGACAGUGACUGCAUUUCAAAUACAGGAGACGAACAACAGGAGCAGCAGAGCAGCCUGACAACUGUCACAAGAGCAGAUGAUCAGGAACACAAAGAGAGGGCUCUAAAACCUGAACAGCCAUUGGACCUAAAUGAUCACAGCGACAUACCAGAAAUACCUCUAAUGAUUUCAAACAACCUUAAUAAAGACUUUUCUGUGCCAGGUGCAACACCGAUCCAAUGCGACUCUGACAUGUCAAGAGCAAAGGAGAAGGAUAAAAGCAGUGCCCUGGUGUCAGGGGGUGUGUGCAGCAGUGAACAUGGGCAAAAUACUUCUGGGGUGACCAUGCUUAAUUUGCAAGAUUGCAACCAGCAAAACAAAACUGAUCUCAAGGCAGAAGAAAACUGCCGCAGUAAGCAAAACUCCAACAAGCCCGAGCAGGGUAAUAAUUCUUUGAUCUCAGCUAGUCAGCAUGAAGCAGCGUGUCAUGGCGAUACGUUUUCUAAAGAAUCUGACAAGAACGAACAGCCAGGCAGCGUAUGCUGGAUAAAGCAUAACACUGGUGAGAGCUGUGCUGCUGCUAUAUACGCCCUUCCUGGGAUGCAGAAUUCAGCAAGUGCCACUAACAUAUCACAGGCUUUGCCAAGUGAUACAGAAAUAGCACGUACUUCUGAUAAUUCUGAGAAAAAUGGGCCUCAAAUAUCUCAUCCAGAAACUCAAGGGAAAAGGCCAUUAAUGGCAAAAAAAUCAGGAAAAAUUGAAGGUGUGACUGCUGAUGGGGGGAUCAUGCAGGAAGAUGGAAAGAUGGAAAGUUGUGAGGAUGGUGCUUCUGUCACAGAAACAAGCAACGUGAAAAGUGAUAAAGGUCUAGGGGCACAAGGAUCUCCUUCACCAUUACAGGCACAUGGGGAAGUAAUUCCCCCUGAUAAGUUGUAUAAAUCCAGCUGUGAUCGAAAGACACCAGAGGAGCCUGGUUAUUGUCAAGCAAAUUUUACAGCACAGACCUCUGCACUCGGCCAUCCCAACCAGCAAACCAGAACCAAUAUGAACAGUGGCACCGGAGGGGAAUUACUAAAUAAUGAGCUGGAGUUUGUAGCAUGCCAAAACGCCUUAGAAGGAAACUCUAAUUUGCAGAUGGCUGCAGGUUCUCAGGUGUCUGAGCACUUGGGUCCUUCACCCAGGGUAAACGCAGGUGAAACAGCAAAUUCAGAAAACAGCCCUGUGGGGAGUGUGGGUGUGAAUGAAAAAGAUACUUCAGACCAAAGUUUUCAGGGUGAUGGAGACAGAAGUUUAGCCCUGCCAGAGACUUUAAAUUUGGGGCAGAGUACAGGAAACUUAUCACAGUUCAAUUGUGAGAAGCUGAAGAAAGAGAUCUCUGCAAUUAAAUCCAAAGAAACAAAAAGUGAGGUAAACUUCAAAGCACACGAAAGUGACAGUUCAGCAGAGUCUUUCUUCGCUCUCCGUGCUCUAGAAGGGAAGCUGCUGAGCCUUUCAUCUGCGGGUAAACAAGGAGGCUCUAAUGAGGAAAUUGCAACCAAUAUCAGCGGAGAUGACAAGUGCAGUAAGAUCUUAGAGAAACCUGGGAAUUCAGAAAAAAUGGAAGAGCUUUCAGAAGAGAAUAAUAACAUAAGCGGGGCAGAGAUCAGUAUUUCUGAGCAGUCUGCGGAGAACUCUGGAAGGGAGCAUGAGGCUCUGACUUGCAGCUCUCUGGACAUCGGCUCCAGCCUCCCAGGCUUUAGGGACCAGAUCAGCCAGAUAUUUAAAACAACUGCCCACAGCACACUGAGUGCUGAAUUACCCCAACUUUUGUCCGAAAACCAUGCAGGCUUCACGCAGAGUCCAGUGGCCGAGGGCACAGAACAACUGUGCGGUGCUGAGAACGUUUCAGAAUCGAACAAGGAGGGUGAAGGAGCUCCCGGGGGCACCCCAGAAGCAGAGGGGCAAGAGUUGUCUUUAGCUACUGAGAACUCCUGCAGAGCUGCCGAAGGUAAAUCUCCGCAACAAGAAAACACGGUGGCAGAGCUGCCACCAGCAAGUCUCUGGGGUGCUGAGAAAAACACGCAGCCCAGUGGCUGUUUAGAGGUGAUCCCCAGCUUGGAUGGCACCGCAACUGCUGAACGCGCCCUGGAAAACCUGCGAAAGCCGCACAAAACCACGGAGCAUCCAGAGAGCAGAGAGAUGGAAAGAAAGGAAGACGUGUGUGCUGGUGGCAGUGAUCCUGAAUCGCUAAUAAGCUUAGAGAUAAAGAAGCAAGGACCGGCUUCAUUUGAUGGGGCAGCUGCUGAGAACUUCCCUGAAUAUUCUGACAAUAAGCAGCAACCCACGGUAGCUGUUAUCUCCACGGGCGAUGUGCAGGAGAGUGAUUUAGAAGAUGCUGCUACCGCAGAGGGAAAUAACUUAAUUACAGAGUGUGGUGCAGAACCAGCUUCAUCUGAAGAGGAUGUAAGUCUUCCUACUGAACAGUGCCAGGAUCCUAAGCCAAAUGAACAGGAGAAAUGUGAGCACGGUGAUCCAGACACUGCCAAGAGCAUCUCUGACAUGGCAGCUUCAACACUUGUCCCGGGAGGAUCUUACAGUCAUGAAAAAUUGCCAGACAACUUUAAUGUGUCACCUGGGGAAACCCAGGAGACAAACAUUCACAGCAAUUUUAUGCAUGACAUUAAGUCUCAGAGUGACAUGGAGAUGAUACAGGAUGAUCCAUUAAAUAGGAAAUGCUUGGAAACAUCAGAAAAUUCACAAGAUGCACAACAAGCAAAGGAAGUGAAUGUGCACGGGUUAAUAGAUUACUUAAAAAAUGAAGUAAGCCAGGAAGAUUGCUUGCAGACUGUCUUUAAACUUGAAUCUAGCAAUGUGGCUGAGGGAGAUGUAAAAGAAAACAGCGACGCAGUGCUAAGCACAGCAAAAAUAGGUAAAGAAAAACCUGGAGACAUGCCUGAAACAGGUACUGCAAGGAUGUUAGUCACUGGGGAAGGUGACUUAGCUUUAAACAGGAGCACUGAAGAGCAGGAGUCAGACCUGGACAAAAAUCACUCUCCAGCCAUUUCUGUGAUGGAGCAGGGUGAGGAUUCUGCAUGCACAGAUACCACUGUUCCUGAAAAUCAGCCCAACAAGAUGAAUUCGGAAGAUGAAAGCUCACUUCAGGAUACCAAAAGAAAGCUAUUACCACUUGCAUCAACUGAGCCCAAGAACCCUGACCUCGAUGAACUUCAGGACGCAGAAUCACCUGCUGAAAGCCCUUGUGGGCCAGGUGAUGAUACACAGUUGGCUUCUCCCCUUGAUCCUUCUGAAGAACUCUUUGCUGUUUCCACAGCGGAUGGAGAUGUUGGCCCCACUGAUGCUGCUGAGCUGACUGAGGCGAGCACUCCCAAGCCUGAUAGCUGCGAAGAAGUUGAUAACCUUGUUUCUGGGGAUGUAUCUUCAUCUGCGGCCCCUGGUGAUGGUGUAGAGUUGCCUGCUCAAGAAGCUGAAGGUUUCACAAGGGAAAAAACGAGGAGCUCUGACUCUGAAGAAGCGUUUGAGACCCCGGAGUCCACCACACCAGUAAAGGCGCCACCUUCACCUCCACAGCCACCCCCCGAAGCGGCAGCUGUUGUAGCAGACGUAGCAGAACAAGAAAUAAAACCCCAGCUGCCCUUGGAAGACACAGGAUUAUGUUCAGAAACUAUACCCGUAACUGAUGUGUCACACAGUGAAUCAGUUGAAGAAAGCCCUUUCCGUCCCCCUUCCCAUUCUUUUUCCACCGUCUUCGAUGAGGACAAGCCAAUAGCCAGCAGUGGAACUUACAACUUGGACUUUGAUAACAUUGAGUUGGUUGAUUCUCUCCAUGCCUUAGGACCGAGCACUCCAGAAUCGAAGAAUCGGGACCCCAAAGCGAAUGUUCGAAGAAAAUCUACUGAUUCGCUCCCAGUUUCCAAAUCUACCUUGUCUCGAUCUCUUAGCUUACAAGCUAGUGAUUUUGAUGGGGCAUCUUAUCUCGGCAACAGCGAGACAUUAGCGCCGGCAGCAGAUGCGUACGGUACUGGCUCAAGUAGUGCUUCAAGUACCCUUAAGAGAACAAAGAAAUCCAGACCGGCUUCCUUAAAAAAGAAGCAGACAGCAAAAAAAUCUCUGGAUGCUCCACCAGUGAAGGAAACACCUCAAGAACCAUCUGACCUUGGCCAAGCAGCUUGUGCCCCAGGUGAGGAUAAAACAGCACCUGAAGGUAAGGCUGACUCAGAAAAGCCUGAAUGUACUGAACCUUCUAAAAUCUCUGCUGAGAAACAGGAGGCCCUGCCCGUGCCUGAAGGAUCCUAUCCCUUGGAUCCAGACAGUUUUGAAGGGAUUAGUGCUUUUAGCACCGGAGGCAGCAAAGUACAAAAUUCUCCUCCUGCCAACAAGAAAACACUACCUCUUACAACGGCACCAGAGGCUGUGGAGGUGACGCCACCCGACACCGGAGGACAAGAAGACCCUCCGGUCAAAGGCGUUGCCGUGAGGCUGGAGUUUGAUUAUUCUGAAGAAAAAGGGGUGAGUGAAGACCAGCAGGAGAGUACUCCUCCUCCCAAAAAAGCAGGUAAAAAGCCUGGUGCUAAAAUGCCGCUACGGAGGCCAAAGACUAAAAAGUCAGUGGAGAAGCUUGACAAUGCUCCAACCACACCGACCAAGUCACCCGCUGAUCCAAAUGAAAUCCCGAUCACGAAAGGUUCUUAUACUUUUGAUAUUGAUAAGUGGGAUGAUCCCAAUUUUAACCCCUUUUCAUCUAGUACAAAAAUGCAGGAAUCGCCCAAACUGCCUCAACAAACAUACAGUUUUGAGCCAGACAUGUGUGAGGACUCUAUUGACCCUUUCAAGUCUUCUUCUAAGAUAGCCAGCUCACCCUCUAAAUCUCCAGCUUCCUUUGAGAUACCAGCCAGUGCCAAUGAAACAAAUGGAACGGAAGGAGACAACUUGAAUAAACCUGCAAAAAAGAAGAAGACGCCACUAAAGACGAUGGUAGAAGAUGUGAUGUCUGUAUGUUCUCUGUUUGAUACAUUUAGGGUGAAAAAAUCGCCAAAAAGAUCCCCGCUGUCUGAUCCUCCUUCGCAGGAUCCCACUCCGCUGCCUACUCCAGAAACACCUCCUGUCAUAUCCGCGGUGGUUCAUGCGACAGAUGAGGAGAAACUGGCGUCUUCAGUGACCGGUCAGAAAUGGACCUGCAUGACCGUGGACCUGAACACGGAUAAGCAGGAUUACCCACAACCGUCUGAUCUGUCUACGUUCGUUAAUGAGACUAAAUUCAGCUCUCCCACAGAGGAAUUGGAAUAUGGCAACUCAUAUGAAAUAGAAUAUAUGGAGAAAAUAGGCUCCUCUGUGCCUCAGGAUGAUAACACCCCGAAGAAACAGUCUUUGUACCUAAUGUUUGAUGCACAGCAAGAGAGCCCAGUCAAAUCACCUCCCAUCAGACUGUCCGACUCCACCACGCCGUGCUCAGGGUCGAGUUUCGAAGACCCUGAAGCCCAACAAUCCUCUGGAAUGAAAAUACAACAUCCAGCUUCCCGAGUCCUUGCUGCCAGCCAGGAGGCACAUUUACAGUCACCCGACAAGUCAAAGCAGAAAGACCUAGAGCCCAUGACCCUAGGAACAACUCCAGAGGCUAUUGAGAUAACAUCUCCUGAAGACUCCUUUGUCUCUGCUGAUGCUCUUCUCAAUAGGAUAUCUAAGAAAACUUCAAUAUGUGAUCAGCCCGAAUAUCUAGAUCCUGACUUAGCAGAAAAGAACCCCCCAGUAUUUGCUCAGAAACUUCAGGAGGAGUUAGAGUUUGCCGCAAUGAGGAUAGAAGCGCUGAAGUUAGCCAGGCAGAUUGCCCUGUCUUCUUUCCGCUCUGAGAGAGAACCUGCUAUCCCAGCAGAUGUGUCCAUCUCUAAAAGUGCACUGUACUCCCGGAUCGGCGCCUCGGACGCAGAGACCACCACGGCUCUUCUCUACCCCCAGCAAGACUUGGACUCUGCGCUACGACUCGCCAGAGCAGAGAUUGUGGCCAAGGAAAGAGAAGUGUCUGAGUGGAAAGAGAAAUAUGAAGAAAGCAGAAGGGAAGUGAUGGAAAUGAGGAAAAUAGUUUCAGAAUACGAGAAGACGAUCGCUCAGAUGAUAGAGGAUGAGCAGAGAGAGAAAUCCGUCUCCCAUCACACUGUUCAGCAGCUGAUAGUGGAGAAGGAACAAGCUUUGGCAGACCUGAACUCAGUGGAGAAAUCCCUGGCAGACCUUUUCAGGAGAUAUGAAAAGAUGAAAGAAGUGUUGGAGGGGUUUCGGAAGAAUGAAGAAGUGUUAAAGAAAUGUGCACAGGAAUAUUUGUCACGAGUGAAGAAGGAAGAGCAGAGGUACCAAGCACUCAAAAUUCACGCUGAGGAAAAACUGGACAGAGCCAAUGCUGAAAUUGCACAAGUGAGAGGCAAGGCACAGCAAGAGCAAGCAGCGUAUCAGGCCAGCCUUCGUAAAGAGCAGCUGAAAGUGGACGCGUUGGAAAGAACACUGGAACAGAAGAAUAAAGAAAUAGAAGAAUUAACAAAGAUUUGCGAUGAACUGAUUGCCAAAAUGGGGAAAAGCUAACUUUUAACCAAAUCUCUGGACUUCGAUAUUGAGUGCAAUAUGAUCAUUGGCACACUGAUGUCCAUACAUUUACGUGGACAGGUUAUAUUUUCACUUUUUCGUAUGCACUACUGUAUUUUCUUUCUAAAUAAAGUUGAUUUAAUUGUAUGCAGUACUAAGAUGACUAUCAGAAUUUCUUGCUAUUGUUUGCAUUUUCAUAGUAUAAUUCAUAGCAAGUUGAUCUCAAAGUUCCUGUAUCAGGGAGAUUGUCAAGUUCUCUAAGAAAUUGCUGAUCCUAGCCUUCCCUUUGUACAUGAGUUCCCAUGUUGGAUGUCUUUUUGGAUUUAAUAUAAACAUGUAUUACUUGCAUGGGGACUCUUGCCUUAAGGAGUGUAAACUUUAUCUGCAUUUGCUGAUUUGUAAAAUAAAAUUAAAAAUGAAAAAAAAAAAAAAACAAGAAAAAAGAAAAUGCAUGUCACUUAAAUGAAAUUCUCUAUUGUAAAUAAAUUUUUUCGUUGAAAGUUGAA